AUGUUGUUCUCCCUCCCAUCUUCCCUUGCAACCCUGACCUACCUCCUCGCCGCAACCCCGACACACGCCUACAAGCCGCUCUCAGACAGCUUUCUCAAAGCCAUACCCUCGCCGGGCGACCUCUUCGACUAUCAAACGGGGCCCCUCCUUGCGCCCAUUCUCAUUCCCCGCGUUCCCGGCACCGCAGGCCAGACGACCACGCAACAGCACUUCGUCUCGUACUUCCAGCGCGAACUCCCAAAAUGGGAUAUCUCGUGGCAGAACAGCACGGCCACAACACCCACCUCCCGCGGCAAACAGCUGCCGUUCCAGAACCUGAUUUUCAAGCGCGAGCCGCCAUGGGUCAAGCCGGGACAGGCGAAUCUGCUCACGCUGGUUGCGCACUACGAUAGCAAGAUUGCACCGAAGGGAUUCAUUGGCGCGACGGACUCGGCUGCCCCGUGUGCGAUGCUGACGUGGAUUGCCAAGGUCGUAGACGGGUAUAUGCAGCGCAUGUACGAUGAGAUGCAGGAACUGCAGGAAGGCGGGACGGUGGAGAUGGACAUGGGGAUCCAGAUCCUGCUCUUAGACGGCGAAGAAGCCUUCCAAUCGUGGACAGACACAGACAGCCUAUACGGCGCAAGGAGUCUUGCAACAGAAUGGGCAGGCACACGCAACCCGCCCUCUUCAAAGUUCUACCAGUACCGCACACCCCUCAGCCAGAUCUCGCUGUUCGUGCUGCUCGAUCUCCUCGGCAGCGCGGGGCCGAGCGUGCCCUCUUACUUCCCCACAACGCACUGGGCAUACCGCCACCUCUCGUCAGUUGAGUCGCGCCUCCGAGACCUGAAGCUCCUCGAAUCGAGCCCGCAAACGCCGUUUCUGCCCGACGUGAACAUGACGAUGGCGAGCUUCGGAGGGAUAUCAGAUGACCAUCUGCCGUUUAUACAUCAGGGCGUGGAAGUGCUGCAUAUUAUCCCUAGUCCAUUCCCUCAUGUCUGGCAUACGAUGCAGGAUGACGGGGCACAUUUGGAUGCGAAGACGGUGAAGGAUUGGGCGAAAAUUGUCGCUGGGUUUGUGUUGGAAUGGUUGGAUAUGAUGGAGGUGUGGGAUGGGGACGAGGAGGUGGCUGGAGAUGGCAGUGGGAGUGGAAAUGGGGCGCUGAGAGGGUGA